GGAGAAACAUACCCACGAAAGUCGCACCAUCCCUCGGGGGACAAUAUCGUUGGCUCCAUCAUCAAUUGUGAGGCCACGUCUGGCCCCUUCGCUACGACUCGAAUCUCUGGGAAGGUUAAAUGAGUGGCGUACGGCAGCGUUCUCGUGCUAUGGCCGGUCGCCAUUCUUCGUCUCUGUGCCUCGGGCGCACGUCGCUGGGCGGAUGUGCCGUACAUUCAGCCGCCACCGUCCCGCGACAGCAUCACCACAGAAACAUGUACAUGGGCGCGGCUCGCGAGGCCUCAUUUACCCGGGGCAUCUGCCGUGAACCCCUCUACCCUCGCGCGCCGAGCGUGCCGGGCACGCUUCCCGACGUGCGCAGCCGUCUCGCCUCAAGUACGAUGUGGUCGUCGUUCUCAAGCCGGCUGCCUCUUUGACAGCGUUCGGUGUCAACGAGACUUGAGGCUUGCAAGAACACCGUCUUCGGUCGCUGCUAAUCGGUCUUGACGAGCGAGACCGCAGAAGCGAACGGCGACCCCCACGUUCCUCAUACACGCUCUCACGUCCCAGAUCCGACCGAUCGUAACGCUCAGCAUGUCGUGUUCUCCUAUACGCCGACCGGUUUUGCAUGGGAGGGGACGGGUAUGGCGUCGCAGGUCCAGACCAGGCUGAAGAUGGU